CAAGCCUAUAAAAAACGGGUGGUGCGGCCCUUCUGUCUUUCCAGUCGGGCACUGAGUGGUUUUUCGGAUCAUGUCUGGUAGCUCCGCGGAUUAUAACAGCAGAGAACAUGGCGGCCCAGAGGGAAUGGAGCCCGAUGGUGUCAUCGAGAGCAACUGGAAUGAGAUUGUUGAUAACUUUGAUGAUAUGAAUUUAAAGGAGUCUCUUCUUCGAGGCAUUUAUGCUUAUGGUUUUGAGAAGCCAUCAGCUAUUCAGCAGAGAGCUAUUAUCCCGUGUAUUAAAGGGUAUGAUGUGAUUGCUCAAGCUCAGUCAGGUACUGGCAAGACAGCCACAUUUGCUAUUUCCAUCCUGCAACAGUUGGAGAUUGAGUUCAAGGAGACCCAAGCACUAGUAUUGGCCCCCACCAGAGAACUGGCUCAACAGAUCCAAAAGGUAAUUCUGGCACUUGGAGACUAUAUGGGAGCAACUUGUCAUGCCUGCAUUGGUGGAACCAAUGUUCGAAAUGAAAUGCAAAAACUUCAGGCUGAAGCACCACAUAUUGUUGUUGGUACACCAGGGAGAGUGUUUGAUAUGUUAAACAGAAGAUACCUUUCUCCAAAAUGGAUCAAAAUGUUUGUUUUGGAUGAAGCAGAUGAAAUGCUGAGCCGAGGGUUUAAGGAUCAAAUCUAUGAGAUUUUCCAAAAAUUAAAUACAAGUAUUCAGGUGGUGUUGCUUUCUGCCACAAUGCCAACGGAUGUGUUGGAAGUGACCAAAAAAUUCAUGAGAGAUCCCAUUCGAAUUCUGGUGAAAAAGGAAGAAUUGACCCUUGAAGGAAUUAAACAGUUUUAUAUUAAUGUUGAAAGAGAGGAAUGGAAGUUGGAUACACUUUGUGACUUGUAUGAGACACUGACGAUUACACAGGCUGUUAUUUUUCUCAAUACAAGGCGUAAGGUGGACUGGCUCACUGAGAAAAUGCAUGCCAGGGAUUUCACAGUUUCUGCUCUGCAUGGUGACAUGGACCAGAAGGAAAGAGAUGUUAUCAUGAGGGAAUUCCGAUCAGGGUCAAGCCGUGUUCUGAUCACUACUGACUUGUUGGCUCGUGGGAUUGAUGUGCAACAAGUGUCAUUGGUUAUAAACUAUGAUCUACCUACCAAUCGUGAAAACUAUAUUCACAGGGGUCGAUAGCAGCAGUUGAUGACGAGAUGGCGCUCAGAAACGGCGUUGACGUAAUUUAGGACGUGGAAUCAUAAGCGAAACAGCACACUGUUUGAAUAAAGAGCGAGUCGGUAUUUAUAUUUGUUUUUCUUUUGUCAUGAUUAUUUGAUAUUUUAAGAUGCUCCAGCCAAGGCAUUUUGUAUACUAGCCUAUUAGGUGGUUUGUAUUGUCUGGUUUCUAUCAGGAAGGUUAGAAAGCUGUUUUUGGAGGUAAACACGUUUGAGUAAUUUCAGUUAUAACGUGUGAAACUGAGCAAAAAAGCAGUGAUAAGUUUGGGUCACCAUACCAAAUACUUGUUUUCCCACUGGAAAAAGUUGUUUUAGUAGACAAUAGUUAACCUUGCAGCAUUUGUAUUUGCAGUUUACAGUUCCAGAAGUGCGUCGAAAUGGAUUACAUAACUGUUCUUUUUGUUUUAUCCCUGGUGUUUUACAUCUGUCCCAGGCUGACAUCUGCUCUUGGCUGGCCCACUUUGGUAUGGGCUUUAAAUUCACUACCCCAAACACAAUACUGUCAUCUGCUUUAAAAAAAAAAAAAAAAUAAUGCUCAAGAUACUUGAUAAAAUCUCAUUUUGCAGCCAGACAAGCCUUGAAUCCUUUUGGCACUAACUGCAAAGGAAGAUUUUUUUCUCUAGAUAUUGAUUAGCAGCUAGUGCUCCAAUUAGAAGCACGAACUAUAACCUUGAUAAGUAAACAGCAGCUGAUGGUUAACAAGUGGAUCAUCAUGUUCAGUAGUUCAUGCAGCAUGUGAAGUAGUAUAUUGUAAUUGCUGAUUUCUUUUUCUU